GUGAACUACGGAAGAGUGAGGAAGAACCAAGGAGGACCUGAGAAGCGAGAAGAGGAUGCCGUGACGUCGCCUGUGAUGUCAAGAUCAAGACCAAGAUCAGCUGGGGCGUGGCAUCCUCAAUAACCAAGAGCCAAGGCCGUGGGAGGACCGAGAGGAGGAGGAGGACCUGAGCAGCGACACAAAGCCUUACAGGUCAACAGAAGAAGAAGAAGGCGGACCUGUGGCAGAACAAGGCGUUUCCUGCCAUUACAAUUUCCCUGGUCUUCAUGGCCCUCCACACCACCAGGCGCUUGUUGCAGGGGACAGGAAUGCUGUCUGUUAUUCCUGACGUGUGGACGCAGCGUGUUUGACGCGCCGGUAACACCAGACCAACACAACACCUGGGCCGGUGCUGGCGCAGCGGUCAGGGUCUGCUGAGGCGGUGCUGUGCCCAGCGCUCGCUGCGUCCUCGCUGCCGCUGACUUCUGUUGUGGAGGAGGCUGUGGGGCCGGGCAGCAGCCUGAGUCGCCGGGACCAGCAGGAGCAGACUGCCCCUGGUGUGAGGAUCAGGGGUGAUCAGGAGAACCACCACCACCUUGCUGCUGGCAUCUCCAGCCAUAAAGGAAAGGGAACGUUUGAGUGUGAGAAGAUUGGAGACUGAGAGCAAGUUCACCAGACACAGCCUUGCACUCACUGCUGAAGGAAACCAUGAGUGCCCAGAGUGUGGCCAAAGACUCCCUGGGAAGGGUGGCCUCUACAAUUACACCCACACACUCUGAUGGAAAAAUUCAUGAAUGCCAUGAGUGUGGCAAAAAGUUCAAAUGGAAGGGUAACCUCAAGAAACACACCCUUAUACACACUGGUGAAAGACCUCAUGAAUGCCAAGAGUGUGGCAAAAAGUUCCACCAGAAGGGUCACCUCAAGGAUCACACCGCUAUCCACAGUGGUGAACGACUUUUUGAAUGCAAAGAGUGCGGCAAAAAGUUCACUGUGAAGCAGACCCUCAUCACACACACCCUUACACACACUGGUGAACGACCUUAUGAAUGCCAAGACUGUGGCAGAAAGUUCAGCCAGAAAAGAACCCUCAAAGAUCACACCCGAACCCACACUGAUGAACGACCCCAUGAAUGCCGUGAGUGCGGCAAAAAGUUCCACCUGAAGUGUAACCUAAAAGAGCACGCCCUUAUACACACUGGUGAACGACCUCAUGAGUGCCCAGAGUGUGGCCGAAGGUUCAGUCGUAAGUCUGGUUUGAACAAGCACAUCUUCCGACACUCUGGCCUGAGGAAGUUCAAGUGUGAUGUUUGUGGGAAGCAUUUCAAGCUGAAGCAGGAUAUUGCCCAGCACAUGAAGACCCACUUCCGCUGAGGUGUUGUGUGGUGGUGGAGGGCAGUGUUCGGCAGUCCCGCCCUGGCUCUGCUGACAGGCCUGACCACGCGGCCGGCACCCUCGAUGUGUCCGCACGAGGAGGUAGAGGAAGAGAAGGACAACAAGAAGAGAAAAAACAGAAAUGGGGAGAAAAAAAAUGAGGAAGAGAAGAAGAAACAAGAAAGGAAAAGAAGAACAGAAGUAAGCGGAAGAAGGAAAUCUGAACAAGCUAUCAAUGUGUCUGUUUGAGGGAGUCAUACUUAUGAGUUUAGAAUAAUGAUCAACUAACAAUGUAAAUAAAAAGCUUGGAAAAACUGUAAUA